CUGGAUAUAAUUUUAGAACAGUGGCAGAUAGUUAUGAAGAACUUCCCCUCCUGUCUUCAGAUUUACCAGUUGCUGUUGUUAUAAAAGGGCUGUUUUCUACCCCGCUAGGUCCACCACCACAGUGCCCCAAGCUAUCUGAUAGAUAUCUUGCUAGAAACACACAUCCCAACUCCAUGGCGGCCCAGUGUCUCUGCCGCCACACACUCUCCCAAACUAAAUUCUCCACAAGAAAGAAUACAACACGGGCUGGAGAGAUGGCUCAGUGGUUAAGAGCACCCGACUACUCUUCCAGAGGUCCUGAGUUCAAUUCCCAGCAACCACAUGGUGGCUCACAACCAUCUGUAAAGAGAUCCGAUGCUCUCUUCUGGUGUAUCUGAAGACAGCAACAGUGUGCUUUAUAUAUAAUAAAUGAAUAAACCUUUAAAAAAAAAAAGAAAGAACACAAUAACUUCUGAUCCAGUUGAUAAGAUAUAAUUGCCCACCUAAACAUACAAAGCCCUAUACACGUCCAUACCUUAAAAAUAUAACAACCUGUAAAUACACAGAGUGGAAUCUUUACAUCCAUGUUCUCUCAGCAGCUUCUCUCCUAGUCUCCUCCAGUCUCCGUCCUUUCCGUUCCAGUCUCCUCCUCUUCCCUCAAACUUUUCUCCCACCCAUCCUUCCUUCUCGUCCAGUGACAGGCCUCAUUCUAUCUUUUACCUGCCUCACCUGUAUGACAUCAUCCAUAUUUCACCGUUUUUGUCUAAUUAAAAAAAAAACUUUUCUCUCAAAUAUAAGUUGAGUACAACUAUUAUCAUUUUAUAAUUAAAAGCAUAAAAUAUGUCAAAUACCCAGUCCAACACUUUAUCAGUUAAACAGAAUAUUUAGUUAUCCAUUCCAGCUUAAGGAAGGUUUAAAAUCUGUUAUAUCCUGGCUAGCUUGUAUACUAUCUGAUAACUAUCUAAUAAAAUAUGUAUUUUCAAAGUUUAACAGCCUAAUAGGCUAUGGGACUAUAAUCAGUCUUCAACCCCGUCAGAAAUCUGAGAACGAUUAAUAUUACCUGAAAAUACAAGAAGCGUAAAACAUAGCUUCCAAACUUAGCCAAUGUAUAGAGACCACUGAUCACCUGGACAGUCCCCUAUUCCUCGAAAUGUUGGAGCAUCAGUCUUCAGCCUUCUGGCACAGGAUUAUCUAACAGACCUUUGUAAUGCAGAUUUUUUAAGGGCUGAUCACCCUGUCUUGGCAGAGCUUAUCAGUCAGCUAUUUUGCAUAAUACUGUCCUUCUCUGGACAGUAUUUUGUCUGUAGAUGAAUUGAAGCAAUUUUGCCUAGUGGCUGUCUCACCACAAUUGGAGCAACUCCAUUGAUGCUCAGUUUCUUCUUAGAAUCUAAGAAGGGGUCCUGUCAGGAGCAGACAUGUCUCAACAAAAGAUAAAUAACUUUACAUCUCAUAUUUUGUGAAUUUCUGACAGUUUUGAAAAUCAUCUAUCUAUAUAAGGUAAUCUGGACUGUUGUCUUUAUAUCUUAAAUAUUACCUUGAAAGUACUGUCAGAAACUCAGAGCCAGGAAUUUGCUAUUUGGCCCUUACCUCACAGGUGUAAUCAACUCAGAAGUUUGUAAUGACAUCAAUAGAAGGACUGGCUCUAAACCUUGUACUUUUAAAUUUUUUUAACAAAUAAAUUCUAUACCAAAGCAAAGAUAUGAUUUUAGCUUAGUUACCAAAUGAGAUUAUGACUGUACAACUCAAUCUAGCUAACUCCUCCCUGUUAAGUUACAACCAUUUCUAGAUUUCUCAUAAAACAACCUUAGAAUAACCACUUUCAGUCCCCCAAGAGUCUAGGGAAUUGGGGCAACAACUCUUCUAUAAUUUCUUCAAGCUGUACAUGGGCAUUGAGAUAUCCUUGGGGGUAGGAGGUAGGAAGAAUGAAGCAAAUGCUGUAGCGGAUGUGUCCUGACUGGACCCAGCUGAAAGAGCUUGAGACCAGGAAUCCCAGUAGGCACACUCCGCAAAAUACAACUCUCAAGACAAAAGUUUAGAAUCCAGAUAUCCUUUUGUUUAAUUCUCCUAAAUCUAGUUUUUCAGGCGGUCUCCCUCUCUCAAUUCUGAUCAGUAUGACUCUGUGAGGUUUCCAGAGCCUAAUCACACUUUUUUUUUUUUUUUUUUUGGUUCUUUUUUUCGGAGCUGGGGACCGAACCCAGGACCUUGCGCUUCCUAGGGAUGCCUCUGCACUGCUGGACCCCAUGGAAUGCACGGACAUGGCCGAAGAGCAGAGAGUGCAUAGCCCUCCCGCUUCACUAGUGCCAAGAAUUCACGUGAUUUUAGCCCAGAAGCUGCAGCACAUCAAUCCAUUGUUACCCACUUGCCUUAACAAGGAGGAGAGCAGAACCUGUCAGUUUGUGUCCAAUUUCAUGUCCGAGUUGUCUCCAGUCAGAGCAGAGCUGCUUGGAUUCCUCACUCAUGCACUCUUGGGAGACAGUUUGGCUGCUGAAUACCUUAUAUUGCAUCUCAUCUCCACCGUGUAUACAAGAAGAGAUGUACUUCCACUGGGAAAAUUUACAGUUAACCUGAGUGGUUGCCCACAGAACAGCACCUUCACGGAACACCUAUAUCGGAUCAUCCAACAUCUUGUUCCAGCAUCUUUCCGUCUACAGAUGACAAUAGAAAACAUGAACCAGUUGAAACUCAUUCCCCACAAAGACUAUACAGCCAACCGACUGGUCAGCGGCCUCCUUCAGCUGCCCAACAACACUUCCCUGGUCAUUGAUGAGACUCUUCUGGAGCAAGGGCAAUUGGACACGCCAGGUGUUCAUAACGUAGCCGCCCUGAGCAAUCUCAUAACCUGGCAGAAGGUGGACUAUGACUUCAGUUACCACCAGAUGGAGUUCCCAUGUAACAUCAACGUUCUCAUCACAUCCGAGGGGAGGUCACUACUUCCGGCAGACUGCCAGAUUCACUUACAGCCCCAGCUGAUACCACCCAAUAUGGAGGAAUACAUGAACGGCCUGCUCUCAGCUGUGCUGCCGUCCGUGCUCAACAAGUUCCGAAUCUACCUGACUUUGCUGAGAUUCCUGGAUUACAACUUAUCAGACGACAUAACCAAGGCAGUUGAAGAUGAUUUUGUGGAAAUGCGUAAAAAUGACCCUCAGAGUAUCACGGCUGAUGAUCUCCACCAGUUGCUUGUGGUGGCUCGGUUUCUGUCUCUGAGCGCGGGUCAGACAACACUCUCCAGAGAGCGAUGGCUCAGAGCAAAGCAGCUGGAGCACUCCAGGAGAAGCAGGCUCCAGCAGCAGAAGAGCGUGAAUGGGAACGAGCUUUAGAGCUCUGAACUGGAAGUGAGUGGCAGGCUCCAGCCUUCAUGCUGGGUAACCCAGAGUCCUUUAUACCACAUUGUUUUAUAGAUCAUUUGUAUCCAAAAGAACAAGGACUUUCCCUGAAAUCAAGUCUAGUGACACCUAAAGUUUAUAUGAUUCUCUGUAAGGGCUUUCACCUUACUGGUUUUAUGGAGUUUUGGAGUUUGUUUUAUAACUAGUUAUGAUGUAUAAAAUGUAUUUGAUAUUAAAAGUUUAACAAUGCUAA